UCGAUGGGAUUCGUGGAAGAUCUUCUGUCGCCUGUGCAAUCUGUUUCAGACACGAAGUAUCAUAAGAGUUCAGUGCCGAAUUCACCCAUUGAAAGCAUUUGUUCACAGUUUUCCAAAACGACCACCUCUUUGCAUUCAAUAACGUGCGAUUCUGCUAUGCCAAAGGGCGUUCAACAGCAUCAACCAACAACAGCGAUUGGUAUUACAAGAGUCGAGGAUGAUUGUCCUGAGAUGAUAUGCCGACGACGCGCUAGCCUAGAGAGACUGUUGGGUAUGCUUUAUGAGGAUUCACGAAGGCGCAUCAGUAGCGAUGCGGACGUUGCCACAGACAGCUCACAUUUUUCGGAUUGCUCGCAACGAACAACCUUCUCCUCAUUCACCGAACAACAACUACAGCAGCUUGAUUGCGAAUCGCUGAAAGAACGCAUAAAACAAAUGCGGAUUGAUGUUGAAUAUGCAAAUAUGAAACUUCUGAAAGCGCUGAAGCAGCGAACUCAUCAAGCUAGUCGACAAACAACGCGAUACGAUAUCAUUACAGCCGUACUGCAAGCACUCUCUCAAAAACGGAGUGUCGACACAAAAUUGCAAUUCUCGUUAGAAGCACCGAGCACGGAAAGUGGUUUCCAGGAGUGGUUGAAUGCUAUGAAGGCACUUACUCGCUUGCCAGAUGGCAUUCCAAAUUACUUCAGAAGAAAGUUAUGGAUUACGCUCGCUGAUUACUAUAUCGAUCGAUUAGGCAUUGACUGGGAACAUACUCGAAAAGUGGCGUUCAGUGAGAAAAUUAAUCCUGACGAUGAUCGUCUCAGUUUUCAAAUCAUCAAAGACCUACAUCGAACGGGUUGGUCGGGAAUAUGUGGUGAAGCAGAGAGGAUUCACUUGAAACGUGUUUUGCUUGGAUAUGCUCGUUACAAUAAGGUGAUUGGUUAUUGCCAAGGAUUCAAUGUAAUUGCGGCAUUGGUGCUGGAAGUGACUGAUUUCAAGGAGGAAUGUGCUUUAAAGAUAAUGAUUUUCCUGAUCGAGCAAGUACUACCACAAGGGUAUUUUGAUCAAUCUUUGCGAGCACUCUCAGUCGAUAUGGCUGUGCUGCGAACACUGUUACACCAACGAUUACCUAAGACAGCUCGACAUCUUAAUGAAUUACAACGCAAUUCGGGUAUACCAUAUUUCAUAUGGCUGUUUCCGAUGUUUGAAACGAAUAAUUUUUUCUUUUUUUUUNGUGAAAGUGAACCGCCGCUAUCAAAUGUCUUCUCGAUGCAUUGGUUUUUGACAUUGUUUGCAACGUGUCUCCCAAAAACAUGUGUUUACCGCCUCUGGGAUGCUCUAGUUCUAGAGGGCUCCGAAGUUUUACUCCGUGCUUCACUUGCCAUAUGGGCUAAAUUAAGCAAGAAAAUACUUCAAACAACAAGUACGGAUCAUUUUUAUACACUCAUGGGAACGUUAUGUCAAAAGUUAACAGAGAUGCGUAAAUCCGAAAUCGACAAUUUCAUUUCGAUCGUGUACACGAUGUCGGAAUUUCCGUAUCCAGGGAUUGCAGAGUUGAGAAAUCGUUUCGCCUGGAAUGUGGAAUCUCAUCCGUCCACAUUCACGCAAUUUCAUAAACAACAAUUGCAUUUCACCGAUGAUGACGCAUCUGAUUCUGAGCAUGCGCUAUGUGUCAACUGCAACUCAGAUGGAAAACCGCAUUGGGGGGCUAAACUGUCGGAUAUGGCCGCUCUUCAGAAACAGUAUAAACUUCUUAGACAACGACAAAAACAGGCAGCGAUUGUUUUUCAAGGUUGGAAUUCAUAUUCUCGUAAACUACAAUCACGGAACAGUACCGCAGCUUAUGAAGAGCAUCCGGGUCGACUUCAGAACAGCAAUAUAUCAUCUCAACAACGAAAAUUAUCAAUUCAAACAACAAAUGAUACGAGCAAUCAGCGAACAAUCAACGAUAGCGAGCAUGCAUCCGAGAUAAUGUUCAACCAUCUUUAUUUGGGAGCGUUACUUGUUGGAUUUCGUGAAAAUGAUCAAAAACUGGAGCCACCAAUGUAUACAACAAUGAAUGGAACUGUUCCUGUUACGUCAACAAUUGUACAACCAAUUAGCGAUGAGUCGAUAAAGAACAGCAGACGUUUCGGUGUUAACAAUGAAUGUGUCCAAAACACAUUCGCAGUGGGAUGCAAGCAGCAAAGAGAACAACAACAGAGCGAACAUUCAAAGGCGAAUUCAUUAACAGUUGAUACUUGCACUGUGAUAUCACCACAAGAAGAGCUUUCAACUAUUGAUAUGAAGGGAGACUCGAUGAGUGAACUAACAUCUGAUAUCGAAUUUGAUGAUAAUGAAGCGUUUCUACACCAAUUCGUCAAAACAGAGGAGAUUGCUUCAUUCGCCAAGAGCAGUGUGAACCGCGAAGAAUCAUCACCAGCUCGAAUGCUAACAAGCGGUGAUAAUGAAAAUAGUGCCAUAAUGAAAAGCGAUGAUAAUUGUGAGUUAAAACGAGCCACAUCAGACACUGCUGACAGCCUUCAAUUCAAAGAUCCAGGAAAGCAAUCGCAAAGUGCAUCCAAGAAAAACGUUAAUUUAAGACGCUCAUUAGCCGUUCUCGAGAAAUUAUCCAAUCAACCACAGCCCAUACACUACCUAUCAUCCAAUCCUUUUCCAGUCAUUCAUAAAAGCCUUCGAUCAACAUGA